AUUACAGGACAAUAGAAAACUGACGUCUGCUUGAGUACUCUAAACUGUGCAACUUGAUUAUGGAAUUUCAAAAAUAGUAUAAGCACUUCAAACGACUAUUGAGUAGUAUAUCGCUGAACUUGAUUUCCUGAAACGUGUGGUACAGUUUCACUCUUUUAUUCAAGCUAUAUUCAAGCUUUAUUCAAGUAUUUUAUUUUUUUAAAUACAACUUAUUUAAGCACCUCCUCAGACUCCAGUAGCCUAUUACACGUAAUUUUCACUAAACUCACAGUCUAAAACAAACUACUUUUCACUAUGGGCAAUGGCGAUGUGUUGGAAAUAUCUGCGAGUGAGCUGGUGCACAUCCUUGGGACGCCUGCUGAGCUGUUUGCCUCUGGCGGUUGUGUGAUGCUGGACUGCCGACCUUUCCUCGCCUUCUCAAGGACUCACAUUCUCGAGUCUCGCAACGUCAACUGGAACUCCAUGCUCAGGCGGAGAUCCAAAAGCUCCGCGGUGAGCCUGGAAUGGCUGGUGCCUGACAAGUCGCUACUGGGCCGCCUGCGUAACGGAGAGUUCUCGCUAAUCGUGGUGCUGGAUGAGGGAAGUAGGACGGUGUCCGAGCUGAAGAGUGAGAGCCUGGCGAGUUUGCUGCUCAGCGCGCUCCAGUCGGAGGUUCAACCAUGCACUACAGAAAUCUGCUUUUUGCAAGAGGGAUUCGAUGGGUUCUUUGCCAUGUACCCAGAGCUAUGCUUUCAGUCGCCGGUUGUUCCCCUUAACCAUUCCGUAUAUGGUGACUCUGAGAAGAUUAUCUCAGGAAGACGAACUCCUCUGUAUGACCAGGUAAGCACAAUACUUCAGUUACAGUUCCACGAAAAGUAAACCAGAUGUAAUUUUCAUCAGUAAUGUAAGGAAAAAUGCAACAUCACUUGUUAAUCUGAAACUGAACAGUUGUAAGGAAGAAGUUUCUAUUUGAUGCUUCCGUCUCUUAGUAAUACUAUAUCAGUAACUAACUAGAGAGGAACCAAGUGCCACAAUUCAGGAAGCAA